GACUUCAGUACUACAGCAAUUCAUUCAUCGUGAGCAAUCACAUCUUAGAUUCGAAAGCAUCUCUUCCAGUUUACCAGCCUAAUCCAUCAUGUCCCACACCAUCUUCAUCCGCAACAUGUCGGGGCACGACCAGCUCUUCCAAGUCCACGGCUGGAACAACAACCAGGACAUCAACGUCCCCGCCAAUGGAGAGUCCACCGUUGAAGCCCCAGAUGGCACAUCUGGCGCGAUCAUUGCUAUCCACGAUGGCUGCAUCGGCGAGCAAGCCGAGCUUACCAAGAACGGCUUUGGCGGCAACGACUUCAUUGAUCUAUCCAACAUCUGCGGAGCUGGCGGUAAUUUGAUUGUCCAGCAAGUUGGCAAGGACUGGACGCGCAAGGGGGACCCGAGGUUCAUGCAGAAUUUGAACGACGCUUGGAACAGGGCUGAUCAGGGGGUCAAGGACAACUUGAGUCAGUGCGUGCACGUUAACGAUGGCGUUGUUAGAAGGAUCGAUGCGCCGAAGGACUUUCCGCAGCUGGAGGAGUUCGUCAGGUCGUUCGCUGAUGGAAAGACGUACAUUGGCGUCGGAGCUUGGGGAGGAAGUCCUGGUAACGCUAACGACAACGCUCAGAGCUCUGCUGCUCAAGGCAGCUGUGACAUUCUCAUCUGUUACAACGACGACGACUGCACGCCGCGGGAUGCUCCCGAGCCUGUGAUGACUGCAGCCUACGAAGAGCCCAUGUCCGUUGCCUCGGUGGACGACGGCGGUCCAGGUAUUGUGUUGACAAAUUCGUCCCAGAGAGAAUGCGAGUACUUCUUCUACGACAACUACUGGAACGGCAAUGGGACAGCAGGUGCUAACUUCGACCAUCCUCUUACCUCGGUGAAAUUGCAGCCCAAUGAGACACAGUUUGUGUCCCUCCCUAGUACCUUCAAGGGCCGCCUUCAACGUGGGACGGAGUUGCCCGCCACUUGGGUGGAGUUCCAACUGGAAGCCGCAGACGACCAUGGCGCACAUGGAGAUAUCUCGCUUCAGCAAGGUUGUGACGGUGCCGCGACCAUCGCGUCAACCGAUGGAAGCAACGUUAUCAACGGAUUUACUGAAGAUGUGGUUUCCGGUGCGCCAGAAGCAGCAAUUCGCAACAAGCCUAACGGAGAACGGGCGACCGAUACUACUGUGGGAAACUGGAACGGUGGACCAAACCAAGCGGCUAUUGACUACUUGAACAAUGUCGUCAGGCAGGAAAGAGCAUAUAUCGUAGGCGGAUCGGGCACACCAGACGUGGCGAGUAAGAACAGGCGGCUGGCGGUGGUGAUGUACUGAGAUGAGCCCCAGCGGCUUGUGUGAUAGAUCCUAAGAUAGAGCAACGAUAGAGAGCAUGUAUCGAAGUACAGCUUGACUCAACAGAUC